AUGCCACCACGUCGUCGGAAAAGUUCGGGCUACCGUGGUGUCCGCACACGCCCCUCCGACGUUUUCUACGUCGAGAUCCGCUCCGGUGAGACGCGCCUCACCCUCGACACGUUCGACACCGCCGAACAGGCCGCCCGCGUGUACGACGCGGCGGCGUGGCGCCUCCGACGUCCUCAUAGGAAGGUGAACUUCCCCGAGGUGGCGACGCGGGAGCGGGCGCAGGAGCUCGCGCCUCCCCCGCGAGUUAUCACCAACGAGGACCGUCGCCAGAACAUGAGGCGGGAGCGCGGCCCCAGCAUCGCUGAGAUGAACGAGGGGGCCAUGGUGGUGUGGCGCCAACACUUCUCGGAGGACGUCGUUAACGAGCGUGAAUUCUAUGCGCAGAGUGCCGAGAGGACGGCGAAGUGA